AUGGGGGCGUUACAUAAUUUGACGAUGAUAUACCAAAAGCCGAACGAGUUACUAAGGGAAUGGCUCGCGAGAUAUGGGGAAGCUAUCGCCGCCACGAUGGAUAUAACAGAUAGAGAGGCCUUGAUGGGUGCCUUAUCUAGUAUGAAGAAAAUUACCCCCUUCAAGAGAGAGUUGAACCGGAAACCUCCGUCCAGCUACAGGGAAUUUUUGGCGCGAGUGCAGGGGUACAUCAACGCUGAAGAGGCGGACGCAAACGACCCCGAGCACAAGUCCAACAAGAAUAAAAGAACUGAACAAGGGUCGAUGCCUGUGAAACAGGAUGGGAAGAAGCGUCAAGGCGGAGGAAACGGAGAUAAGCAGCCCGCCGCGACGACGAGCGCUCCAGAAGCCAAGAAGCCGAGGCAAGAGGAUACCCGAGUCGAGGAGGUCUUCAAUCAGGUCGGCCGCGGGAACUUGCUGCGCCGACCGGAACUGAUGAAGUCAGAUCCCAGCCGAAGGAACCAUAAGAAAUUCUGUAGGUUCCACGGCGAUGUCGGCCACCACACCAACGAUUGUGCCGACCUCAAGGAUGAAAUCGAGUACAGCCACACCGACGUGGCCUUUAACGAAGAUGACGCCAGUGGGGUUCAUUUCCCCCACAACGACGCCUUGGUCAUGGAAGCCAUGAUAGGAAACCACAUCGUGUGCCGAAUCCUGGUAGACAAUGGGAGCUCGGUGGACCUUUUAUACUCCGACUGCUUGGAGAAAAUGGGGAUCCAAAAGGAACAAUUGGAAAAGACCUCCAGGCCACUAUAUGGUUUCACCGGGGACUCCGUCAUCCCCUAG